UUGUGUAACCUAUGAUGUAUUGUAAACGAUGGCCAAUAAUCGAAAUGCAGUAUUAAGUCUUUAUCGAAAUUUAAUUCGAGAAAGCAAAAAAUGGAAUUCAUACAACUACCGGAUGUAUGCUUUGCGUAAAAUUCGGCAUGAAUUUCAAGAAAAUAAAAGACUUGUAGAUCAAGCAGAAAUUACCAAGCAACACGAGAAAGGGAAAGAAGCACUAGACAUCAUUAAGAGACAAGUGAUUAUUGGAAACCUUUAUGCAACCAGACCAUUAGUUAUCGAAACGAUUACGAAUAAACCUAAUGUUGUUUAAAGAAGAAUAGUUUUGCAACAUCACGUAUUUAUAGCGAUAAUGGAAGUUUGGAAAAUAAAGAGUGGAAAGAUAGUUUUCGUUA